AUGCUAAAACUGAACAGCAGGUUUCUCCUGUGGUUUGCACUUCUCGUCACCGGCUUUUUGAUUUUUCGAUUUUUGACAUUCUACAGCGAGAACGAAAAUAAUCGAAAUUCUAAAAAUCCGGUCAGGAUUCAAGAGAAAUCGAUAAAAGAACGAGUGAAAAGUGACGGGAGUUUGUUGGAAGAUGUGCAGGAGGAUCCGCAAGUUGACACCAAAUGCUACUACGACAACCAAUGUGCCCUCCCUCAGAUGCUGUUCCGUGUCCGCACCGAAACCGACAACCUUCCUCCGUUCGCCUGUCUAAACGACAUCAAAUUAUUCGACACAGACUCCAUUGGCCGUGGCAUCAACGUGGCGAUCCUCAACGGGACGACUGGAGACAUUCUAGAAAGGUCCACGUUUGAUGUGACGGCUUCUGAUGAGAAACUGAUGACGUGGCUGAUGAGAAUCCCGCAUGCAGCGAUUCUAGUCGCCGCGUCGUUUGGUGACGUAGCAGAGCAUGUGUCCAGACAGUCAAGACAGCUUCUCGAAGGGUUUGGAGCCAAGAAAAUCGAUAAUUGGAGAGUGGGAAGUGCGUAUGCAAUAAUAGGACAACGAGGGAUUCAGAAGGGCGAGGCGCAUGAAACAAUUUCCAAAUUUUUGGACGAAAACGAGUCGCAGAAACUGUUCGAGGGGUGUUUUGAGCUUCCGAUUGCUGAAACCAGAGAGGUUGAGCUCAAAAUCGAUGGACCGCCUGUUCAUAGAGCCGAUGAGACGAAACUAGCGGAGUUGGGAGCGUUUGAAGCGGAUUUAUUGCAGAAAAAGGAGACGGUGGAGUAUGGGGAGAAGUGGAAAAAUUGUGGAAUGACUAAGGGGUGCAAUGAGGAUGACUCCAUUGCUGUGCACUUUUUCUCUGGGGAGCACAAGGAUGAUCAUCCGAAGAUGUGCGUUGGAGAACGGUUGCUUUUUGAUAAGGACCUCAACAACGCUGGACGUGGCUUGAAUCUGGCGAUGUUGGAGCCGAAAACUGGCAAAGUGACAGCGGUGGCACACUUUGACACUUAUGAGGAUGAAUCCAACGGUCUCGUCGAAUGGCUUGACGCGAUUCCAACUGGCUACAUUGUGGCCGUCGUGAGCUUCGACGAGGCCUCAAAUCAGCUCUCCGACAUGGCUCGUCGUAUAUUCUACGAAAUGGGAUCAAGUAUGAUUGAUCGUCUGAAAUUCCGAGCCUCCUGGUAUUUUGUCGGACAGAAGGGCAUUGGAGCGUACACUCCGUUUGAGGACCUGAACAUCCCGCAGGGCAACAAUUGGGCGAAUCCAAUACAUGCGUCGUUCUGUUUGCCAAAGUCAUUACACAAAUGGGCGGGACGAAAGGACACGUCUUCUCAGAUGUCGUCUUCUUCAGUUGGAGACGUUCGGAAUCUUCCAAAACGACACUUUUGCGCCAAAUACGACAGACAUGAGGAAUUUUGUAGUGGUAACCUAGAAUGUCUCGGAAAACCAUCCCAAAGACGUCUUCUAGGCUCCAACAUUGAUUCGCCCAUCAUGCCACGUCAUCUGCACGACGAACAGCGCGCCAACGACGCCAUCUUCAACGUGCCGAUUCUGGUGGCAAGUGGACUGGCACCGGAUUCCCUUCGAAUGACACUGGAAUCCCUAUUAAACCAAGAGGGAUUGAAUACUCAAAUGGUUCUUGUCACUUAUGAUAAGGAAUACUCGGAGAACGCGGAUUUGGCAGCCCUAUUUCAUGUGAAAAGUGUAGCGAUUCACUCGAAUGGAAGUUAUAAUGCUCAUCUCCUGCUCUCCCUCUCUAACGCCUUCUCGAUUUUUCCCGAUGCCUCGUCGGUGAUGGUAAUUGAAGAAGACGUCAAACUGUCUCCAGAUUAUCUUCACUAUCUCUCAUCAAUCUACGAAUCAUAUAAAGCGGAUUCUACUGUAGAUUUGGCGUUGGCUUUUAAUUCCAAUGGCUUCUCUGAUACUUCUGGAGACGGCCAAACGGUGUAUCGCAUCAAGAAUCAUCUACCAAUGGGAUCGUAUUUGAUGAAACGAGAUUUAUACGAGAAACACAUUCGAUUGAGAGAAUUCUGCUGUACAGAACGUGACAAUUGGGACCUCCGCGACUCGACUGUCCUAGUACCUGGCCUGUCUCGAAUCGAAAUCCACGUGGAUGAGUUGGAGAAGCAGAAUCUGCUUUUCAGAAGAAAUCGAACGCAAUCCCAACAAGACUAUCUGAUCAAUUCGGAAUUUGAAACUUCUGAAGAGUAUUCGACGUAUUUGAAUCAAAUUAUUCAGAAUACAAAAAAAUCAAUGCCUAUCAGUGAUGUGAUAUCAAUGGGAUGUGAGAAGUGGACCCAAAAAUUGGCGCCAAAAAUUCAGAAAUCGAUUCUUCUGACGUAUUCUAAAAAUUCAGAAAUCCAAUCGAUUUUUGAAUGUUUCAAAAUGUAUUGGACACCGAAAAUUCUAAGAAACAAUCGGGUUUUCAGAUUCUCGCUUCAAAAUCAAUCGAUCGAAGUGCUGAUCGUGCCUGAAAAUCUGAAAAUUGACUAA